AUGUGGAGUACUCAAACAGUAAAACCAUCAUUAACUUCCACUUCAGUGACAGUAAAACAAGCGGCACCGAAUUCAAUGUACAAUAAUGAAUUAAAUCAUUUACCAUAUCUAACAACUGAUCCCUAUUUGGAACCUGUUUCGUUGAAACGAAGACAACAACAAGAAAAACAACCGGGAAAUUUGAUCAAUACAAUGAAAAUCAAUCUCAUUGAUCAUUAUGAUGAUAUGGAUCUGGAUACAGCAGUGAAUGAAAAUGGUGAUUAA